CUUCACACACUUAGAGUGGCGGGUGGCUCUUCCCUAUAGCAACUGAACAUUUGAUCCGUGCAGGCAGGCUUAAUCCCAGUAAAGAGUGCAAGAGGAAUAUAAGAGCAUAAAGAGUCUUAAUUACUGUGCAAUAAGUCAGAAAAUAAACUCAAGUGUAUUAAGUUAAACCGAUAAACGAGUGACGGGCAAAGAAAAAACUUCGUGCAUCAAGAGAUAAAUGAGAGACGGGCAAAGAAUAGAACUUGUGUCAAGAGAUCAACCGAGAGACGAAUAGAAAGGAUUUCCGCAACAAGAACACAGUAGCUGUAUUAAAAGUCUGUGUGAGCGUCAAGAGAACAGAACAAACAGAAGUGCGGUAUUUGUAGUCGGUCUACAUGAAUGUACAGCAAUUUUCAUUCCAGUUUCAAGCAGUACUGACCCUUCCUUCAAUAGAUAAAAACGUUUCCAAUAGCGAGUUUUAAAUUAGACGUGACAUAUAAAAUAAAAUAUUGUUGAAAGAUUAUAAAAAUUGUAUAAAUUAUUGGAACCCUUCAAGUUAUUUCAACUCUAAAUUAGCGACCGGAGUAAAAUAUUAGUUUAUUUACAAAUUUUCGCAGUGAUCGUUGCAUUGAGUACUAAGUAUCUACCAUAAAGUAUCUAUAUUAGAACAGAAGUGUUCAUUAUCAUGAAGUAUAUCGGAAAUGGAGCGUGUAAUCAUUUAAAAUAAGCAUAAAUUAUCAUACAGGAAGUGAACUCAUAUUAGAAAUAUUACGAAAUUCAAUAAGAAGCAUAAAUUUUUUAAUGUGCCUUUGAACAAUAAUAAUAAUUUAAUAAUAAUGGGUCGAUACACAAACCGACAAAUUGCAACACUACUUAUCAUCGGGCUGGUAGAUUUCUGCAGCGCGAUCUGCAUAUCUCUGCAGGCCCCAUUCUACCCUGCGGAGGCCGAGGCAAAAGGCGCUACAGCAACACAAUACGGCUUCGUUUUCGGCGUUUUUGAAUUGGUGGUGUUCCUUGUAAGUCCACUCUACGGCGAGUUCAUAUCGAAGAUUGGAGCCAAAUUUUUGUUCAAUGCUGGUAUAUUUAUUACUGGAUCUACAUGCAUUCUAUUCGGCAACCUAAGUCAUGUUCAGGAUACUAAAGCCUUCUUGACUCUUUCGUUCAUAGUCCGGAUUGUAGAAGCGCUUGGAUACGCAGGAUUUCUAACCGCAGCUUUCAGUAUUAUAGCUAAGGAAUUUUCGGAUAAUGUAAGCGUGACUUUUGCAGCGCUUGAGACUUGCUUCGGCGUGGGCCUAAUCGUAGGGCCUACUAUUGGCGGAGCUCUCUACGAACUGGGAGGUUACACGCUACCCUUCAUGUGCAUGGGUAGCCUUCUUCUUACAGCUGCAGCGCUAACAUUCUUCUUGCUUCCUUCGUCAGAUGGCCCUUCUGAAGCAGACAAUUUGCACGGCGGAUCGCAAAUGAUGGAAUUGCUAAAAAUUCCUCCUAUAGCUCUCGCAGCCUUCUCGAUCAUUGCCUCCUCCAUCAGCAUCGGGUUCAUCCAAGCCACUUUAGAACCACAUUUGCGGCCGCUGCAGCUAACACCUUUUCAAACAGGACUCGUGUUUGUGCUGAACGGCACUACGUAUGCUUUGUCAGCCCCGAUUUGGGGGAAACUUUGCGACAAAGGAGUGCCACCGAUGAUCAUUACACUUGUUGGUGCCUUGACAGUUAUCGUAGCUUUUCUAAUGCUCGGCCCCGCGCCUUUUUUGCCAGUAAAAGAAUCUUUGGGCCUUAUCAUUGCUGCUCUCAUAAUCCACGGAUUUGGGGUCGGAGCCCAGCUCGUUUCAACAUUUAGUGGAGCACAUAGAGACGCAAUAGCCUAUGGGAUGCCAAACAACCUCUCCACGUACGGACUUGUGUCUGGCAUGUGGACUUCGGCCUUCGCACUGGGAGCCUUUAUCGGUCCCUCUAGCGCAGGAGCGUUGUUUGACGCCUUCGGCUUCAGCUACGCAAGUCAGUACAUCGUUGUACUGCACGCCAUGGUAGCUAUUGUAAUUUUAGUGUGUGGCUACUGCUAUCCGAAGCUUUCUGAUAAAUCGAUGUACAGGAAUCUGGAAGAGGAAGCCUACACAGAAGAGGCACAACUCAACGGACGUUCGAGGGACUCAACGUACGGGAGCUUCAAUUCGGAGCCUUCGUCCUCCAGAUCCGCAAGUAGCGGUGACUCCAGAGAAUCUUUACACACAGAAAAUAUUUUCAAAUGAUAGCAACUUAUCCUAGGCGUAACUAUAGGCCUUGAGUGUUCAUUCUGCUAAUCUUUAGUAUAAUGAUGACAAUUAAAUGAUUGUUGUGCGGCGAAGUCUUGCACUUGUAAUCUAACAGGGCAACAAACUGUCAUUCUUAUAGGAAAUAUUGCAAAUCAAUACCUGAAGCAUCGUGAUGACACUAGAUAUGCAAAAUUAAGUUAAAAAUUUUCAAUCACAACGAGAAAAUAUCGUUUUUUUUUAUUUUUUUUAUUGCAUAAUCAGAACAAAAACCGAUACCGUACGAUCAAGCUUGCUUAAAUAUUUUAUAUUUAUGAUAGUUUGACACGGUUAAGUAUUCUCCUCUCGAUACAUGUUUCAUACUGAAACAAGAUGAGUUUAAUCUACUCGUAUCUACCCAUCCACGUGUGAUCCACUCGUUUGUAGCAGUAAUUAAUUUGCUUGGUAUGCGUGAGGCACAGGUUUAUCGUGCUUAGCGUCAAGGUAUGUCUGUAAAGAAAUGCAAUUGAUAAUGUGAUAUGUCAAAAUUAGUACGUGCUCAAGUGAUAUUUUACAAAAUAAUGAACAAUAGCAAUAGU